GACACACUGUAAUGUGUGGUCACAUCAUGUGAUUUAAUUUUUGUAUAUCGUAUAAGCUUUUAGGUGUAGUUUUGUUAAGGAAGGGCCUUAAGCUUGUGAUUUUUGUUGGAGAUCCAACAUGUGGUGUGAUCCCUAGUUACGCCACAAGGGGGCACUUCCGCCCUAGUGAGAUGGUUUAGUGUGACGCUACUGCAUGUCUUCAGAUCUGGCAGAAGCGAGAGAGGAAACACACUACCUGUCGUCCAUCUCAUGAUUUAUCUGUUUUUUUCAGGUUAGUAAGCAAUAAGGCCACACAUGUGGUCCACAUAAUUUACAUGCCAAAUAAGGGUAAAACCUGACCAGCAGUUUGUUUUGCUGGGAUCUGUAUUCGUCUGUUUUGCUCAUUGAAAUGUGUUACGAUCGAGAGUAGGAGCUAGCUUAGCUCGCCACAUCCUGGAGUAGCUGUUAGCUUUGCUGUUUUCUAAACUUAAGGCACCCUCUUGUAACAAAAGUACACCACGGCUCCUGUAUAUUUGAGUUAAUGUGUUCGCAGAGACAGUUUGAUGUGUUGACACUGUUAUUGUCUAAAGUUAGUGUAAUAACCUGUAAUAAUUCUGAUCGCUCUGCAAUGUUGAUGUGGAGAUUUCCACUACACAGAUACGCCAUUAGUACAUGGUACAGUACUGGAAUGUUUGCUUUAUCAAACUAUGUGUGAAAAAAGUGUGAUUUAUAGCUCUCAGUAACAAACAACAGAGAUGACUGUUUAGAUUUUUGUUUAUACUUUUACUAUACUAUUUUGGUUUAUUCUGAUUUCGGGCUUUGGGAAUGUGAGACAGAGAUGUUAAGAAGUUUUUGCAACCUGUUGUGAACACAUGAAUGUGUUUAAAUAAAGAUCUGGCAGAAGCGAGAGAGGAAACACACUACCUGUCGUCCAUCUCAUGAUUUAUCUGUUUUUUUCAGAACCAGACAUAAUCUGUCAGCCGCCCUCUUGCCUGGGGCGUGUUACAGAUUCUUGGGGGCUCGUCCGGGAUUGGCUCUCCACAUUGCUAUGAGCUAAUCCCACAACCUACAACACCUCGUGCUGGUAAAGCUGACAGCGUGAUGCCGGCUGCCCCAAAGUGAGCUGUCUGUGUGAGACAAGCUGAGACCAAGUGAGGAAGAGGGCUGGACCCAAAAGCAACCUACUACGAGAGACUGGGGAAGACGUCGUCAUGGCAGACCAGGAGAGGAAAAGCCUGGUAUGGGACAUCAGGAAAAGCCUACUGUCGCUGUCAUCCAACGAACUUUUCCAGAUUGCUUCUACAGUCAGCCCUGUUCCAGGCAAAGAUGCUGCAGAGCUUUCCAGCGGAGACGCAGAGGGAUGUUUCGAGUACAUCCACGCCUUUAUGUACA